AUGCGCGGUGCGGGUCAACAGCCGAUAAUUGUGCUAAGCCAGGGCACGAAAAGAGAGAGCGGUCAUCAAGUUCAAAUUGGUAACAUUACAGCAUGUAAGACCAUUGCUGAUGUUAUUCGCACAAGCUUGGGUCCUAGGGCGAUGCUGAAAAUGCUCAUGGAUCCUAUGGGAGGUAUUGUCAUGACUAAUGAUGGCAAUGCUAUUCUAAGGGAAAUCACUGUCAAGCACCCUGCUGCCAAGAGUAUGAUCGAAAUAGCCAGAACGCAGGAUGAGGAGACAGGCGAUGGAACGACAUCGGUGAUAGUCCUUGCCGGUGAAGUUAUGGCCCAAGCUGAACAGUUUCUUGAGCAAAACAUACACCCAACUAUCAUCAUUCAGGCUUACCGAGCGGCCUUAGAAGACAUGAUUAAGCUGGCUGAGGAGAAGUUCAGCAAACCGAUUGAUAUCAAUAAUGACAAAGAGAUUGUUUCUGUGGUCAAGUCGUGUUUGGGAACAAAGAUGUUAAGCAAGUGGAUGGACCUCGCUGUACAGAUAUCGUUGGACGCUGUUAAGACUAUCCGAGUAGAUAAAGGAAAUGCAAGUGAGAUUGAUAUUAAAAGGUACUGUCGCAUCGAAAAGAUCCCUGGUGGAACCAUCGAAGAUAGUAGGGUGAUCAAAGGAGUCGUGCUAAACAAGGAUGUUACUCAUGCUAAAAUGCGUCGUCGUAUCGAACAUCCUCGGAUCGUUUUGCUCGAUUGCAACUUGGAGUAUAAGAAGGGAGAAUCUCAAACUUCGCUAGAGAUCAUGAAGGAGGAAGAUAUCAGCAGGAUUUUGGAGCAGGAGGAAGAGUCGAUCCGUAAGCAAUGUGACGAAAUCAUUAGCGUGAAACCUGAUCUAGUUUUCACUGAAAAGGGAGUUUCUGAUUUGGCUCAACAUUUCCUACUUAAAGCUGGUAUUACGGCGAUUAGGCGUCUGAAGAAAACUGACAACAACAGAUUGGCAAGAGUCUGCGGCGCACGAAUUGUCAACGAUACAACAGAUCUGCGAGAAUCCGAUGUGGGUACACAGGCGGAUCUUUUUGAGGUUGCAAAAAUUGGCGACGAAUACUACACUUAUGUUACGUCGGAGAAAACCACAGCUUGUACAAUCUGCCUUCGCGGUCCAUCGAAAGACGUCAUAAACGAGGUAGAACGUAAUCUCCAAGAUUCCUUACAUGUCGUUAGGAACGUAAUGUUGAAUCCUCGUCUUGUUCCUGGUGGUGGUGCUUUGGAGAUGGCUCUUGCUCAGGCCAUCACUGAAAAAGGGAAGACAAUGGAGGGUGUGCGGCAGUGGCCCUAUAAGGCGGUCGCUAGAGCUCUAGAGGUAAUUCCUCGCACUCUGAUUCAAAAUUGUGCUGGAAAUACAAUCCGUCAGCUCACUGCCCUUCGCGCUAAGCAUGCCCAGAAUGCUGAGAAUUGGACGUGGGGAAUAAAUGGAACAACAGGCGAACUGGUCGACAUGUGCAAAUUGGAUAUCUGGGAUCCACUCAGUGUACGUGUGCAAGUGUUAAAAACUGCUGUGGAGACAUCGGUCAUGCUGCUUCGCAUUGAUGAUAUUGUAUCUGGGACGAAGAAAGCACAACAAGGAGACGGUCCACAACAGGAAAUGCCUCAGUGA